CCGCGGCAACCUGGGCUUGGCGCUGAGCUCCGGGCACCUAGGUGGGCAGGUGCGGGCCUGUGCGGGCCGCCGAGGAGUCCGCGGUUCCCAGCCGCGCCUAGCCGUCGGGGGGACUGCUGUGCUGUGGCGACGUGAACUCCUGUACACCUGCUCCCGGACACCAACUGAGGCCAGAUCAUGGCCCUCCACCCUCGAAGAGUCCGACUGAAGCCCUGGCUCGUGGCCCAGGUGGACAGUGGCCUCUACCCUGGUCUCAUCUGGCUACAUAGAGAUUCUAAACGCUUUCAGAUCCCCUGGAAACAUGCCACACGGCACAGCCCCCAACAAGAGGAAGAAAACACCAUCUUUAAGGCUUGGGCUGUGGAGACUGGAAAGUACCAGGAAGGAGUGGAUGAUCCUGACCCAGCUAAAUGGAAGGCUCAGCUCCGCUGUGCUCUCAACAAAAGCAGGGAAUUCAACUUGAUGUAUGAUGGCACCAAGGAGGUGCCCAUGAAUCCUGUGAAGAUCUAUCAAGUGUGCGACAUCCCCCAGCCCCAGGGCUCUGUCAUUAACCCAGGAUCCACAGGGUCGGCUCCUUGGGAUGAGAAAGAUAAUGAUGUGGAUGAAGACGAUGAGGAGGAUGAGCUUGACCAGUCUCAGCACCACGUCCCUAUCCAGGACACCUUCCCCUUCCUGAACAUCAAUGGUUCUCCCAUGGCACCAGCUAGCGUGGGCAACAACUGCAGUGUGGGUAACUGCAGCCCUGAGUCCGUGUGGACCAAAACAGAGCCUCUGGAGAUGGAAGUGCCCCCGGCACCCAUUCAGCCCUUCUACAGCUCUCCCGAGCUGUGGAUCAGCUCUCUCCCCAUGACUGACUUGGACAUCAAGUUUCAGUACCGUGGGAAAGAGUAUGGGCAAACCAUGACAGUGAGCAACCCUCAGGGCUGCCGGCUCUUCUAUGGGGACCUGGGCCCCAUGCCUGACCAGGAGGAGCUCUUUGGUCCCGUCAGCCUGGAGCAGGUCAAGUUCCCGGGUCCAGAGCACAUCACCAACGAGAAGCAGAAGCUGUUCACCAGUAAGCUGUUGGAUGUCAUGGACAGGGGACUGAUCCUGGAGGUCAGCGGACACGCCAUCUAUGCCAUUCGGCUGUGCCAGUGCAAAGUGUACUGGUCUGGGCCAUGUGCCCCCUCGCUCGCUGCUCCUAACCUGAUUGAGAGGCAGAAGAAGGUCAAGUUGUUUUGUCUGGAAACAUUCCUGAGUGAGCUCAUUGCCCACCAGAAAGGACAGAUAGAGAAGCAGCCACCGUUUGAGAUCUACCUGUGCUUCGGGGAAGAAUGGCCGGAUGGGAAGCCCCUGGAGAGGAAGCUCAUCUUGGUUCAGGUCAUUCCAGUGGUGGCUCGGAUGAUCUACGAGAUGUUUUCCGGCGAUUUCACCCGGUCCUUUGACAGCGGCAGCGUUCGACUGCAGAUCUCCACCCCAGACAUCAAAGAUAACAUCGUAGCUCAGCUCAAGCAGCUGUACCGCAUCCUUCAAACCCAGGAGAGCUGGCAGCCCAUGCAGCCUGCCCCCAGCAUGCAGCUGCCCCCUGCCCUGCCUGCCCAGUGAUCCCGAUUGCUGCGUGUGUCCUCUUCUCUCCUCUCUCUUUUUUAUAUUGUACAGAUGGAUUUUUUUAUUCACAUUUAACCAACUUCUAAGUCUCCUUUCUCUAACGUCAUUAGAGGUCUGUGACUUACAAAUACGCUUAGUUUUAAAAGUUGCUCUAAUUUAUCAAGAUCCCAUCCCUCUGAGGGGUUCCUUUUAGAUCUUCCACAGUGGGUGCAGGAGAGAUUUGAUUUGGGAGUUUAGACACCAGAGUUCUAGCUGCAGCUUCCAUGAGGCAGGUCAUGAGACUUGAGGGCUUCAGAUGUAUCACUUGUAAAUAAAUGAGGUUUGGGGUGAGGCCCGACUGCAUUCA